AUGCCUCGUUCUGUCAAAGCUGUGAAGAGGUCCAGAGUGAAGAAAACCUUCACCAACAAGAAGAAUGCCGCUAAAAGACAAAAGGCCAAAGCCAGAAAGAAGGUCGGGCAACCUGGACCCGGGUAAGUCUUUUUCCCUUAUUGUUCUACCGUUUAGAUUGUAAGAAUAUUAAUAUUUGUCGUCUAUUUUUUUAGCCAUGUGCUCCAUGAAGUUUGGGAUUCAAAGAAAUCUGUUCGUCAAAAUUUGAAAGCCGCCGGUUUAGUGUUCAAUCCUAACGAAGUGGUCCCAAUAGAGAAGAAAAAGAAGGAUAUUGUCGUCGAUAUGGUCGAUUUGGAUGCUGUUAGCAGUUUAGCUUCUUUACAAGAGCAAAAGGUAAGCGGAUGUCAAGUAUAAUAUAAUUUCGCCAAAUUCUUUUCUGAUUUUUGUGUUUAGGUGAGGAGCAAGAAAGCCAAAGGCUUGGCGAAGAAAAUUGAAGCUGAUGCAAAGGCAGCCACAGCUAAACAGAGCAAUCGGCCUCCGCCAAGGCUACGUCAGCCCGAGUUGGAGUUCUGCACAAAAAUGAUCCAGAAACAUGGGGUUGACUUCGAAGUGAGUUUGAUUUUACCUACUUCACAGAAUUAACAAAGCCUUUGGAAUGUUGAAACCUCACUGAUCGUUCCACUUCAAUGAAAUUAUCUUGUUUUAGGCGAUGGCUAGAGAUCACGAAAAUAUCUAUCAGAACACAGCCAAACAGAUCCAAAGGAAGAUUGAGCUGUUCAAAAAGUCCCAAGCAUACAAGGAAGUCGUUGGCGAGGCGAUGGAAGAGUGA